GAACGAAUCGUGUUUUGACGAAAGAUUGAGAAUGGGAAAAGAAAAAGCUGGUUUUCUCACUCCUAAGGCGAUAGCAAAUCGGAUCAAAUCAAAAGGCUUACAGAAAUUGAGAUGGUUUUGUCAGAUGUGUCAGAAACAAUGUCGAGACGAGAAUGGCUUCAAGUGUCACAUGACAUCAGAAUCUCACCAAAGACAGCUGUUGCUCUUUGCAGAAAAUCCAGAUAAAUACAUUGAUGAAUUUUCAGAACAAUUCGCAAAUGAGUAUCUGGAGCUGUUAAGUCGCAGAUUCAACACCAAACGUGUCCAUGCAAAUAUUGUGUACCAGGAGUAUAUUGCAUUCAGGGAACAUGUUCACAUGAAUGCCACACAAUGGGAAACCCUAACAGAAUUUGUCAAGUGGCUUGGAAAAGAAGGAAAGUGUAUAGUAGACGAAACAGAAAAGGGCUGGUUUGUUGCGUAUAUUGACCGGAACCCGGAGACAAUUCGCAAGCAGGAGCAGGUGAAAACUAAGGAAAAAAUGGAUUUAACGGAUGAAGAGAGGACUUCAAAAUUUAUACAGCAACAGAUUGAGCGUGCUGCAGAGAAGGACACAACAUCUAAAACUCCAGAGUUUACAGAACUGAAGAGAGAGAGUGAGGAAGAGAAAGUAACUAUGAGUCUCUCAGGUCUUGUGAAGAAGAAAGAAGAAAAAGUCAAGAUCAGUACAGAUAAUCUUUUUACAAAACCCAUGGAAAGCUCUGUCCCAAGUAAAGGGGAAAGCAGCGCAUCUUUUCAAAAGGCUGAAGCUUCAAAACCAAAAUUUGCAGGUCAGAAACGAAAAUCAGCACUGGAUGAAAUUAUGGAGUUUGAAGAACAGAAGAAGGAGAAGAUGAACAGAAAAGACUACUGGUUACAUGAAGGCAUUACAGUGAAAGUGGUCACAAGGAAACUCGGAGACAAGUACUACAAGAAAAAGGCAUUUGUAAAGGAAGUGAUAGAUCUUUACAAGGCAGUGAUAAAGAUGAUAGACAGUGGUGACAAAAUGAAGGUGGAUCAGACACAUGUAGAGACUGUUAUACCUGCUAUAGGUAAAACAGUCAUAAUUGUAAAUGGAGCAUAUCGAGGUCAUGAAGCCAUCCUCGAAAGUAUUAACGAAAGGAAAUUUUCCUGUACAGUGUCCAUCAAAUCUGGUCCAUUAAAGGGAAGGAUGAUUGAAAGCAUAAAAUAUGAAGAUAUAAGUAAAAUUUAUCAACCGUCCUGAGGAAAAUAUAUGAUGGAAGUGUAGACGAGGAUCUAACAAGCUUGUGGAUCGAAGUGAUUACUCAUAUCUCAUGUGAGAAAGGUAUCAGCGCCAAGCUUCUUAACUAGCAUCUGUAGAUAAUGGAAAAGAAAUGGAGUGUGAAACAGAGGAAAGGCAGAAGGAUUCCCACUUUGUUUGUUGAGUGUAUAAAUACAUCUGUAAGGAGAGAGACUUUAGGGUCCAGUUCCCUGUGAAACAAUCAUCACAAAAAAGGGCCAGAAUUUACAGUGUGUUUACAAUUGCUUGGAGACUUGGUACUGGAUUCAACAAAAGCAUCUUGGAUUUUACAUAAAUACAAUUUGUAACAUUCAGCCUAUUGUGUUAGCAGUAGAAGAAUGUGACGCUUUUAUUAUGGAGUCUCUAGAUUGUCAAUCACAAUUACUUUUGUAUUUUUGUAAAUCUAAAGGACUUAAGUGAGAACAAGUCAAGGUAAAAUUAAAAUUCGUUAUUUUUGUUUAUAAACAACUUUGUGGUUUUACUUGACUCUUUAGUCAUAUCACGAGCUUCAGGUUCCUUCCAGGGUCACAA